AUGACGGCCGACGACCAGCACUUCCUGGACGUGCUGUCUGAGUAUUCACAAGACAUCCGGAAAUUUACGGGCAACAUCUUUGACGCCUCGGACCGGCAUUUUCAAAGCGUAGCCGGGUACAUCAAACGAUCCGUCCCUGAAGGCUGGCUUCCUGAAUAUGCGCGACCACCUCCGCCGCCGCCGCCCCCGCGCGCAGUCUCCGGCGCCUACGUAGACCGUCUCCAGGACUGGGUCUCCAGGAAUCGCGCGCUUACGGCCGCUCUUGUAGCAUUCUUGGCUACGGGCGGAGUGCUCCUCUGGCGGGAAAGAAACAAAUCUCGGAGAAAAAGAAGAGCACGGCGCGCAAGCAAUGGCGCGCGCAGGGAAGUCAUCGUCCUCGCGGGUCCGCCCAACUCGCCCAUCAUCAAAUCGCUCUCGCUUGACCUGGAACGACGCGGCUUCAUCAUAUACAUAGUAUGCUCGGACCUGGAAGAGGAACAAAUAGUCCAAGGCGAGUCGAGAGCCGACGUGCGGCCACUACAUCUGGACGUCGCGGAUGUCCUAGGCACACAGGAGGCGAUGGAGCGCUUCAAAGAUCUGUUGCUCAAGCCCCAUGUCGCAUUCUCCGGGGCUUCGCCACACAACCUACUUUUCCGGGGACUGGUCUUGGUCCCUGACCUGAUCUACCCCUCGGGACCCAUUGAAACAAUUGGGCCUGAGCUGUAUUCUGAUGCACUAAAUGCAAAGGUGCUAAACACGAUCGCCGUUACACAGGCGUUUCUCCCCACCAUUUGCGAGUUCAAAGCGCGCGUUUUGAUGUGCACCCCGAGCAUCGUGGCGUCCCUGCGCCCCCCGUUCCACAGCGUCGAAACCGCCGUCGUUAGCGCCCUCGAGGGGUUCACAGCGUCGCUGAGGGGCGAACUCGGCACGCUAGGCAUUGACGUGUGCCAGUUCAAGCUGGGGACGUUUGACUGCUCACGCGUUGGCAGCAAACAUCAUCUGCAAACCACUGCCGGACCGAAUACGAUUGUGUGGCCGGCGACAACGCGGAAACUGUACGCGACCAACUUUGUAAAUCAGAGCCGGGCCGCCCAAGAUCGAGGCCUCCUCACGGCAAACAGCACGGGAAGCUCGUUGCGAGAGCUGCACGACGCUGUGUUCGAUGCACUUAGCCAGAGACGACCACGUCGUGUGUGGCGCGUAGGCCGUGGGAGCAUAACGUACGACGUUGUGGGCAAUUGGGUACCCGCCGGCUUGGUCGGGUGGAUGAUGGGCGUCAAACGAGUAUCGCUGGACGAGGCGACAGCAGAGCCGCAGCUGGAAGAUGCUGCACAGUCCUGGGAGAAGGUCGAAAAGGCCGUUUGA